UAGGGUUUCAUACCUGUGCUUGUGCCAAGACCAUUCAUCACGAACAGGCUACCCGUAGGCAUGUCGUCGGCGUAAUUUGAGCGGAUCGCUCCGUAAAAGAGGACAAUUUUUCGGGGAAGUGUGAACUGGGGACGGGAGAAGUAGUUUUUGGGCUGUGGAUUGCUGCACGAAGAGGGCAAAAAGGAUCAUAUAUGCUGUUCGAAUCUUAAAGCAGGAGCUCAUGGCGGCCGCAGCGGUGCGGCUGUUGCGCGAGGGACGCGUCGAGGGUAUGGAGGCACCGACCGUGGUGCUGAGUGACACGUGUCACGUUCUGGGUGGCUGGCAGAUCUUGCGUCACAUGGUUGAGUCCCUGGUUCGAGCGAUCCACUGCAAUCGCGCGCAGGCGAGCCGAGCCGUGCUUGUGCUCUCCUCGCCCCGUGCGGCCAUGGCUCCCACCCUCGAGCUGCCCGCUGGCUUGUGCGCAUGUCACUGCACGGCGCUGGACUGCUACAGUGAUCCCAUGGGGUGGGGACAGCCGUUUCUGCCGUCCUGUGGUCCGGAUCAAGACAACUGCAGCAAGGAAGGCAGCAGCACCAGCAGCAGCAGCAGCAGCAGUAGCAGCAGCAGCGGCACCAUCAACAGCAGCAGCAGCAGCAGCUUUUGCAACGUCUGGGACCUGGUGUCGCUUGAGCGCCGCAUCCUCCUGGCAGCCAAGGCCCCAGCAGCAGAGGCGGAUUCAGCUGCGGGCCAAAGCUCUCCGUCCGUGGUUGUGUUUGACUCGCUGGACUCAUUUCUGCACCACAACUCCCCGGCUGCUCUGCUGGCGCUGCUCAGGCGACUGCAGUGGCAUGCCUCGGUAUCGGGACUUCUCAUCCUAUCCCAUGCUGACGUCACCCCACCAGCUGUCACCUCCUCCUUGUGCCACAUGGCACACGCCCUCCUCUCCCUCGAGCCACAUCCAGGGCACUCCCCCCCUCUGUCCCUCCCGCUCUCCCUCCUCCUCUCUUCCCCCUCACUCCCGCACUUCUCCUCCGUGUCCCCUCACCUGGUGGCCGGCUCAGCCGCUGCUCCUGGCGCUACAGGCAACACCGUCAGCAGCACAAGUAGAACCACCAGCAGCAGCAGCAGCAGCAGCAACGGCAGCAACAGCAGUACCAGCAGCUCUGGAAGGGGGGAUAGGCACUUGCUGCCUGGAGGGAUCCUGGUGUUGCAGCAGAAGAGGGCUUCGGGAAAAUUCCGAACCGCGCACGAGGAGUAUCGGUUUGACUCGCAAGGGGCUGUGCACAUAGACGCCCACUCCAAAGGGCACGUAAGCAUACCAGAACCCGCCCCUGCCAGUGGCAAAAGCACAGGCGGCCUGAAGCCAUCUCUUCCAAGCGCGGAGCAGCAGCCUCUGGCCGACAGAUCCCACAGGGAAGGGUUCGGGGAGCAAGAUAAGGGGCAGGCGCAUGGGCGAGAGGGGCGGAUGACGGUGCAUGAUGGCGGGGUAAUGGAUGGGGCGCGCAGGGAGGGAGGGAGCGAGGAGGCGGCAGCUGUAGAGGUGAUCAGGAAGACGGGAGAUCAGGCACCUGAGGUUUCCUUCCGCCUGGAGUUGUCUGAGGAGGAGCGAGCAGCGAGAGAGAAAGUUGUGCUUCCAUACGAGCACCGAGGUGAAACUGGCCCGAUCAAGAUAUACGACGGGAGAAGGAGCCUUGCGCCAAGCCACAACACGGGGGCAAAGAUUUACGGAGAGGGUUCAGUUGGUGCUACUGUCUCAGCUGGUAUGGCUAGGGUUUCAGUGGGGGCAAGUGGGGGCGAGUGGAACGAAGGUGGGGGUUUGAUUCAUUAUGAGCGUGAUUCGGAUGACGAAUACCCAGAUUCGGACGAAGACCCUGAUGAUGAUCUGGAUAUAUAGCAUUUUGCGUUUAGAUUGUAUGAUGAUUUUACUCGUGUACUAGCCGUAUA